GCUGUUUACAAAUAGAUUCCAGACGAACAUAUGAAUUUCAGUGCAGUCUGUUGUCUCAUUUCACUGGAUACCUUUGUUGCCUCACAGUUGCACAAAGUACCUGAACUUCUGCGGGAAAACGAUUUACCUCUCAAGCUUUAACCAAAAUGGCCCCAGUAAAUACAGGAAUCCUUUUUUUGCAGUUCAACCCGUUAUGGACUCCUCACGGGUUAUCCAAAAUUGUCUUAUCGGCGCUUCAAAAGGUUGACAAACUUCUCUACAUUAAAGUGAAAGGCCUUCCCUUGUCUGAAACAAAAGUUUCAACCUAUAAUAGAAUUGUUAAUCAGAUAUACAAUAUUUCUUCCAGAAAUGCAGUUGAUCGCUUUGACACCAGAGUAGUACUGACUGACUUUAGAGAUUCUUUGAUCAGGCCAAGUGUCUGUGUUAUUAAUAAGUUGCAUACAAGUCACACAAUUGAAACAAUUCUCAUGACAAGCCAAGAACAUUCAUAUGCAGAGUUUCUAGAGAAUAAGAGAGAUGGAAUAACCAGUGAAGCGCUGCAUAUUGACACAACUUUUAAAGACAAUGAUCAACACUUGGUCAUUGAACAUCAGGAGAAAACACAAAAUCAUCUUCCAAGUUUAACAGAUGAAGACAACAUUUAUGACCAUGUUGUAAUUGGGGGUACAUUUGAUAACCUUCAUUCUGGCCACAAGAUGCUUAUAUCAGCAGCAAUAUUGAGGUGCAAGAAAAGCCUUACUAUAGGUGUCACUGACGGCAUCAUGAUAAAAACCAAGAAAUUAUGGGAGCUGAUUGAACCUUGCCAAACAAGAAUUAAGAAGUUACAUGAAUUUCUCAUGGAUGUUGAACCUAGACUUCAAUAUAAAGUUGUUCCCAUAACAGAUCUUUAUGGACCAACAGCAGAUGACCCUGCACUACAGCUUUUGGUGGUCAGUGAAGAAACCCAAAAAGGAGGUAUGAAGAUAAACCAGCUUCGUCAAGAAAAAGGUUUAAGCAAACUUGAUAUCUAUUCGAUAUCAGUAAUUGAUGAUAAUCACGCCGGAGCCGGAGAAGAAAAUAAAAUCAGCUCGUCGUCUUUUAGGAAACGUCUUCUCGGAUCCCAUAUUAAACCGCCAAAAUUCAAGAGCAAACCCUAUGUGAUUGGAUUGACUGGGGGCAUCGCAAGCGGGAAAACGACAAUUUCGAAGCGCCUAAAAGACUUGGGGGCACAUAUUAUUUCGUGUGACCAUUUAGGUCACUUGGCUUAUAAAAGUGGCACGGAAUGUUAUCGGCAAAUGAUUGAGUAUUUUGGAGCUGGAAUAUUGAAUGAGGAAAACGAAAUCGAUCGGAAGAAACUGGGACCCCUGGUCUUCUCCAAUAAAGACCAUCUAGAAAGUUUAAAUAAGAUGGUGUGGCCAGAAAUUCGUCGCUUAUACAACAAGGAAAUAAAUGAACUCAAAAAGCAAAGUUUUCAGGGUAUAAUAGUGCUGGAUGCUGCUGUUCUUCUAGAAGCAGGAUGGCAAGAAGAUUGCGCCGAAGUUUGGGUUGCCACCGUCCCCAAAGAAGAAGCGGUAAAAAGAAUUGUUGAACGAGAUCACAUCACGGUAGAGCAAGCAACUCGCCGCGUUGAAUCACAGCUCAGCAAUAGUGAUCGGGUGGCCAGCGCUAAUGUUGUUAUCUGUUCAAUUUGGGAACCAGAAGUAACUGCAGCGCAAGUUUUAAAAGCAUGGCAAUACGUACAAGAGUUUCUUGCUAAAUAAAUAUUUAGCAUGUUAUUUUCUAUUAUGUACGUAGAAUAUUGGUGUAAUGUGGGAAAUAGAAAUAAGUUUUUUCUUA